AUGUCUAUAUACAUUGCGCAGGAGGAGUUCGACCCGCUGCGGCCCCAAGCAGCCACGCAGCGCGGAGCGCGAAGGGCGCAGCCCCCAAGUUGUCGCGGCCGUGAGUUCGAGCAUGGCCACCGGCUUCCGCCUCGUCAACGGAUAGGACAGACCCGAUGGCUACACUUGGUGUCCAGGUUAUUGCGACACCACACUGGCUGGUGUAACUUCGAGGUGGACUACCGGGUCUACGGCCCUGGAGUAACGCGCAGGCAAGUGCAGAGGUGGGAAAGCAGACAUGGAGAUGUGGCCACAGUGCGUGCGCGGCGAAGAGAGGUCCGCGAAGCCAUCAUCGAAGAGCGCCGCGCGGAGAAGCUCCGCGCCAAAGAGGCUCAGCAACUCGAGGAUCUCCGAGCCCGGGAGAAGCGCCAAUGCAGCUGUGAAGCCAGACAGCCGCGAGCACGGCACAAGUCAUGGCGCAACGAGCACUUCCUCAUGGGCUCCUUUACGCUGCAUGGGCAGGAUCACGAUUGUGACCAAACCAUGGCCGCACAGCUUGGCUUGGAUGACGAGACCUAUCGUCAGCUCAAGUCGCUCGAGGGGCGGGAGAUUCGCCCCGAAGACUACGACCUCCUCGGAAGGCUUGAUGAGAACGUCAAGCGCGAAACGCUGGAGGGCAAGCACCUGAAGGUGUUUCCGACGGAAGUCUACGAGUCGGGUGCCGAGGACCCGGCAUCCUGCGGCAUCUGCCUGGAAGAGUUUGAGACCGGAGAAGUCCUUCGCUCACUGCUUCCUUGCGGCCACCGAUUUCACAAGACCUGCAUCGACCGCUGGCUGACAGAGACAUCGGCCCUCUGCCCUGUGGACAAGUUCAAUGUCAUCGAGUACCAGACGAGUCAAAUAGCUGCAACCUGUGCUGAGUGGGACGCAGCCGACUGA